GAAAUCAUUCGGACAGCUAAACACCUCCACACCCGCCUGGUUGGGUGGGACAAUACUGCUCCCAUCUGUAUAUGACGUUUGUAAAUGUAUCUCCACCCGUCGAAAGGAAAUGUCAACAUUGCUGCUGACCGAAGAAAAACAAAACAAACAAAGAUAAAAUCCACAAAAAACAUCUCGCCCAAGGGAAAGGAAGCCAAGCAUCGGGAAAAGCAGUCACAUAAAAAAGGACAUUUCUUCCAGAGGAACCAAUAAGGGGAUAGACGGUUCGUUUGCAUAUUGAUGAAACGACCCUGGAGAAAAGUGAAAAUGUUGUGAUGUUAUCGUUUUCCUUCAGCACAGCUCGCUCAUCAAUUAUGAUACUGAGAAUAAGAAUCGUUCACAGCACAGUGUGCUAGGUUGCCACUUUCUCCUGCCCUCAAACCUUGGGUUUUGAAUCACCAACUCUCGUACAACGGUUGUAAAAACUUCUUGUCCGUGAUCUUGCUGGCUUCCUCUAUCUCGCUCUCGCUCGGUGUGUCUCGCUCUCUGUUUCUCUCUUGAUCUGCAAUGGGUUCGGAACAUUCCGCGCAGCUCCAGCAGGGAGCGUCGGGUGCAGCAGAUGGUACGUUGCGUACCGGUAGUUUGCAUAGACACUCGACCACCAAUCCAGCGACCGCCAGUCGGUCCGGUGGAUCAGGAACCAGUGGUAAGCUGCAACGGGGCAACACGAUCGCAGUGACGGGUACGAUCCCGAGCGGUGGAAGCGGUACGAUGGACGACGGGUACUCCACCUCAUCCGUAACACCGUCGUCGGCGUACAUCUGCGACUCACGGCCCGUUUCGCCACCGAUGAGCGUUUGUUCCGAUUCGGAUCUGCCCUACAUAUCAUACACAGACAAACCGAUCGGUGAUUCACCCAAGCUACGGAACAAGCAGCAAUCAAAGCAGACGAAAACGCGCCCAAACAGUGCGAUUAUUAUGAGCAGAGCUGCACAACAGCAGCAGCACAAUUACCAGCAACAUCUGACACAGCACCUAGAGGGACGGGGAGGCGGUAGAGGUGGCCGUCCCGGUACGGGCGGGGCACACAGUAUUGUGGUGGUGAAGUCGGCUGCUGUUCGAGACGUUGGCAUCGAGAAGGAUGACGAUAUUGUCCGGCUUCAGAGCGUACCGAUGUUCUUACCGGUCAUGCGUGGGACGCUAACGCUGCCGGCUAAUCGCGACCCGGAAGUUCUCGAACGUCUACAGCCGACGCACCUCAUCAACAUGUGUAGCCGGUUGCAGUCACACUUUAACACCUGUGCCAUACACGUAUCGUCCGAGCAGCAGCAAAUAACGAAUCGCAUCAAGGAAGUGGAUCAGGAGGUAUCAAGCGCACUGGCCCAGUUGGUACAGAAGCAGAAGCUCUACACGUCGUACGCGGAAACGUUCUCGAAGGUGCGUCAAAUUUCGCAGCAACUGACACGCUGCAACGACAUCCUCAAUCAAAACAUCGAGAGCAUGGAGUAUCUCAACAAUCUGCUUAACGUGGAGGACCGGCUGGAACCGUUCGUGUGGAAAACCGAAUAGAGGGUUUUUUUCUGUAUAUGGCCGGGCGUGUGAAUGCUUUCGUCAAACUGCACGCACCAUUAAGCAUCGGUGUGCAUGUGAAGCGCAUAGUAUAACAGUAUAAGAUAUGGAAGGUAAAUUUGGAGCGCUGUGCGUGAUGGUGAUAUAAGAAUUGGUACACACACACAUAGUGCGCGUGUGUGUGUGUGUGGGAAAUUGGGUUGGCAAAAGGUAUGCUGUGCGAAAUAGCAUGAAAACAGCAACAACAACACAACAGUAACGAUCGAAACGUGAUGGUUCUAGUCGAAGAAGCGCGUGCAAUAAUCUAUUGGAACGCUAGGUGUGUAGGGUAAGCAAUAAUGUAAUGGACAAGUGUAAUAAUAGAUUGUAGCUAUAGUAGUGAAACACCAUUCUCAAAAAGCCUUUGAACGCAAGAAAAAAAAAAUAACGCAAAGUACACACGGUUGUAAGUGGUGUUAUAAGUUGUAAUUGCUGUACUAGCGCUCCCGUAAAUGGAAGGCAUGGGCAAACCAUUAACAGCGCUAAUAAAGGUGUGACGCUUUCCUAUCGAUGUAAUCGAAAAUCCCGCAAUUUCCCCCCAACUCCCCUACCCUUGCUUCCCAUUCUGUUCCUUCGCUCACGUCCUUCCCUUUUUCUAUGCUCUCCUGUUCUAUGUUCUCUAUGUAUAAUACCCUCCCCUUUUAGCUAGUCUUAAAAACAAAA